AUGGCAACCCUUCAAUUUACACCUUUAACUCUUCUCAAACAGAAGCACCCCACAACUAAGUUUCCAUCUUCUUCUCAGUUCAACACAAAUAAGAAAUCACCAUCACUCACAUUCACUGUAAGGUCUUCUUAUAAAGUGGUUAUUGAGCAUGAUGGCAAGUCUACACAGCUUGAAGUUGAACCUGAUGAGACCAUACUGUCAAAAGCAUUGGAUUCUGGUUUGUCUGUUCCUCAUGAUUGUAAGCUUGGAGUUUGCAUGACUUGUCCUGCUCGUCUUAUCAGUGGCAAAGUUGAUCAGAGUGAUGGAAUGCUCAGUGAUGAUGUUGUGGAACGUGGUUAUGCACUUUUGUGUGCCUCUUACCCUCGUUCUGAUUGUCAUAUUAGGGUUAUACCAGAGGAUGAGCUACUCUCAAUGCAGUUAGCUACAGCUAAUGACUAA